AUCUUCAUAGAAAUUCGUUUCACUUGAUUAAAUUAGAUUUUUUCGAUACUUUGAUAUUUAUCCUAGUUUCAUGAAACGCCAUGUACAUUUUUUUAUAUAUACAUUGAAGACUAGACGUUGCUCGAAAUUUUGUUUGCCAUGUGCUUUGAAUAACCAUGCUGAAAAAUUAAAGUGUUAUAUAUUUAAGUGUGAAGAUUUUAUAAGAAAAGAAAAUUCUAGUUUCAAUGUCAAAGUGCAAUAAUUAACUUUGUAAAGAGUCGUUAAUCAUGACUAAUGCAGAUUUAAUAAAAACCGUAGAGCCACAUCUGGUACCAGGAUACAGUGGCUAUUGUCCUCAAUACAGAUUCAGAUGUGGCGAGACAUAUGGAAAUCUUACACACAAAUUGCUUUUGGAUCCCACAAUCAAUCAUGCAGAAACUUUAAUACUUUCCAAUAGGAUCUCAGACGAUUAUGAGGUAACAAGACCGCCUAAGGAUGACAUAGACAUUGUAAAUUCACGUUUUAAAAGAACCAAUCCUGUAUACAUACAUCCAAUGCUACCUGGAUACGAAGGAUUCACGCCAAAUCUGAAUGCUCGAAAUGGGCAGCGAUAUACCGUACUGGCUACAGAAGGACUUGGGGAAUUUGAGCGACAACAAUUGCGUGACAAAGCUGCCCUCAACCAGUUACACAAAGUCGUUGCUUCUCAAAGCGGAAAUGACGUACCACGCAAUCUCCAGGAACGUCUGCUACUGGAAAGUCAAUUUAGACUUCCGAUGCUUUCUGUGCGACCUGAUUGCGUAGGAGUUAUGAGGAAUUUACCAUUGGAUGAGCAACAUGAGACGCCACGUGAUCAUGCGCCAUCGCCAUACUUUAUGGAUAACGUGAAUCCUAAGAAGUAUUUCGUGAGCGGAUAUACUGGAUAUAUUCCUUAUGGAUAUGCACACUUUGGUGCUACCAAUUUGCCUAUGACCAAUAGUGCCUUGUGUGAUUUUACUACUAAUUAUCGUACAAGACAAAGCACCGAAUGGGCACCUGCUAAUAUUUCACGUCCUGAUCCUCCACUGCUUAUCCAACCUACUGAAAUUUAUCACAAGCACGUUGGUCUCAUUCCCAAUUAUCUUGGACAUGUUCCUGGCUGUAGAUUCAGAUUUGGUAAAACCUUCGGUGCUGAUAGCAGAGACGCAAAACGAUGGCUACGCGGAGAUUUUUCUAUUUAAAGAUAACAGGCGGACUGUUCUGUGUAUUCAAUGAUAAUAAAAUAUUAAAUAUCUAA